AUGGGUAGGCGUCCAGCGCGCUGCUACCGGUACAUUAAGAACAAGCCGUACCCCAAAUCGCGGUUCUGCCGAGGUGUCCCCGACCCGAAGAUCCGCAUCUUCGAUCUUGGCAAGAAGAGGGCGAAUGUCGACGAAUUCCCAGCAUGUGUCCACAUGAUUUCGAAUGAACGGGAACAUCUUUCCUCAGAAGCUCUAGAAGCCGCUCGCAUUUGCGCCAACAAGUACAUGGUCAAGAACUGCGGAAAGGACGGCUUCCAUCUCCGUGUCCGAAAGCACCCCUUCCACGUCGUACGCAUCAACAAGAUGCUUUCGUGUGCCGGAGCUGAUAGGCUCCAAACUGGAAUGCGUGGAGCGUACGGAAAGCCCCAAGGACUGGUGGCCCGAGUCGACAUCGGUGACUUCCUCUUCUCCGUCCGUGUCAAGGAAAACAACGUCAAUCACGCCAUCGAAUCCUUCCGCCGUGCCAAGUUCAAGUUCCCCGGCCGCCAGUUCAUCGUCGUCUCCCGCAAAUGGGGAUUCACAAAAUGGAGCAAGGAGGAUUACGAAAAAAUGAGGGCCGAUGGACGACUCCAAUCUGAUGGUGUGAACUGCAAGCUGGUGAGAGAGCACGGACCGCUGAGCCAAUGGAUUAACAAUCCUAUC